CCUAUUUAAAUUCUGGGAAACAUAACCUCUACGAAACCACAUGGCAUGGGUUGGUUCGGCGAUACAUAACGUAAACAAUCAGUAGAGCAUUCUUUUCAAAAGUAAUUAUGAGUGUUACAAAAUGUCGCGACUGAUAGUGAAGAAUUUGCCAAAAAAUAUUUCAGAUACUAAAUUAAGAGAAUUAUUCAGCCAGAAGGGUUUGGUAACCGAUGUACAGUUGAAGUAUACAAAAGAUGGAAAAUUCCGUCGAUUCGCUUUCAUUGGAUUCAAAACUGAAGAACAGGCUAUAGCUGCAAAAGAGUACUUUGAUAAAUCCUGUAUCGAUACUUGCAAAAUAUCCAUUGAGCAAUGCGCAAGCCUAGGGGAUCCUUCUAAACCCAGAUCAUGGAGUAAAUAUGCACCUGACAGUUCAAAACAUACAACAAGCAAUAAGGAUUCUACUGACGUAAUAGAAAACGAAUUUUUAAAUAAAACAGGGAAAAAGGAAAAGAAGAAAGAUAAGAUUGAGAAAAGUAAAGAACAGAAAAGUUUACAAAAUGAUAUUAAAGAAGCAUUGGAAAAACACAAAGAUGAUCCUUUAUUCAUGGAAUUCCUUGAAAGUCACACAGCAAACAAAGCUGUAUGGAAUAACGAUACAAUUCUAACUACAAUUCAAAGUAAAAAACAUAGCGACGAUGAAGAUGAAGAUGAAAAAUCUAGUAAUGCAGAUGAUGAUAACAUAAAUAAUGAUAACAAAGAAAAAAACAAUGAAGGCAAAACGCAAAAAGUUGCACAGAAAGUUAUAUCUGAUUUAGAGUAUAUGGAAGCAUUGAAAGUAAAAGAUCAGAGUACAAAGAAAAAGGAUUCAAAUGAAAAGAAAACAUUGGAACAUGGUCCUGUAAAAUUCUUUACUGUGAAACUCAGAGGACUAGGAUACAAUCACAAGAAAAAGGACAUCAAACAAUUUUUCAAUCCACUGAAAGCAAAAUCGAUAAGGGUGCCACCAAGAAUUAAAGGCAUAGCUUAUGUUGGAUUUAAAACUGAGCAGCAUCUGAGAAAAGCAUUAUUGAAAGAUAAAAGUUUUUUAGGUGGAAAACAAAUAUUUGUAACGAAGUAUGAAGCAAAAGAAGAAAAGCCAAAGGAAGAACAGAACGGAAGCAAUUCUAAUGUUAGGUGGAAGAAUCAAGAAGAAGCACUGAAAGACGAGGAGAGCAUAGCAGAGUCUGGAAGGAUGUUUAUUCGAAAUUUGUCUUACACCACGACCGAAGACGAUAUUCGAAAACUAUUUGAGAAGUACGGUCCUUUAACCGAAUUGAAUCUACCUGUGGACAGAAUAACCAGGAAACCUAAAGGAUUUGGUACAGUGACAUUCUUAAUGACUGAACAUGCAGUCAAAGCUUACGGCGAAUUGGACGGUACUAUCGUAGACGGCAGAAUGCUCCAUCUUCUUCCUGGGAAAGCAAAACUCAAUCCUAUGGAGCAAUUCGAUGAAACAGGAUUGACUUAUAAGCAAAAGAAGGAACUGAAAGCCAAAGCGACCGCGGGAUCGGCGCACAAUUGGAAUACUCUCUUCUUGGGUCAGAACGCUGUAGCUGAUGCUAUAGCAGCUACCUACAACACAACGAAGGAGAAGGUGCUCGAAGAUGGAUCGAAAAGUAUGAGUGCCGCAGUUAAAUUGGCAUUAGGAGAAACGCAAUUGGUUCAAGACACCAAAAACUUCUUGGAAGAAAAUAAUGUCUGCUUGGACGCGUUUAAUCAGCCCCCGAAUAAGCGAUCCAAAACAGUGAUACUCGUUAAAAAUUUGCCUGCCGCAACACCAGUAAAGGAGUUACGAGAGUUAUUCGCAAAGCAUGGCGAAUUGGGAAGGCUCGUAAUGCCGCCUUCAGGUAUCACGGCAUUGGUGGAAUUUUUAGAGCCUUCCGAGGCACGCAAGGCAUUCACAAAAUUAGCAUAUACUAAGUAUAAACAUUUGCCUCUGUAUUUGGAAUGGGCGCCUGAUAAUAGCUUUACCACUUCUCCUGCUGAGAGGAAGAAAACAAAAGACGCUCAACAGGACGGGAGAAAGGAGAAAAAUGAAAUCGAAGUGAUUACAGGCCAAUCGGAUGACCGUUCAGGAAUUGUAAACAAUACGAAGAAAACCGAGAAAGAAGAUAGCGAGGACGAAGACGAACCUGAACCUGACACGACUCUCUUCGUGAAGAACAUCAACUUCUCGACUACAGAUCAAGAAUUAAAGAAGUAUUUCGGUAAAUGCGGUCGUCUUCAUUAUGCCACAAUCGCAACAAAGAAGGAUCCGAAGAAACCUGGUGGUAAAUUGUCCAUGGGUUAUGGAUUCGUACGUUACAAAAGAAAAGCUGACGCGGAUCGUGCACUGAAAGUGUUACAAAUGACGGUGCUAGAGGGAAAAACUUUGGAGCUGAAACGUUCUGAAAGAACGUUAACAACCGAUGUUAAGACUGCGAAAAAAACAUCUAAUACCACGGCGCAAACGGGUACGAAGAUCCUCAUACGAAACGUGCCAUUCCAGGCUACUGCUCAAGAAAUCACCGAGCUGUUCAAAGCGUUCGGAGAAUUGAAAGCAGUGCGAUUGCCAAGGAAACUAGUUGGCGUUGAGAAACACAGAGGGUUCGCCUUUGUGGAGUUCUACACGAAAAGCGAGGCCAAGAAAGCGUUUAAAGCUCUGUGUCAAAGUACCCACUUGUAUGGUCGAAGACUGGUGCUAGAAUGGGCCCAAACCGAGGAAGGUGUAGAAGAUAUUAGAAAAAGAACUGCUAAACACUUCCACCAAGAAGAACCAAUGAAGAAGAAUAAAAAAGCUACGAUAAGUCCAGAAGACGUUGGAUUGGAAGCAGAAUGAGCUCCUUUGACAUUGUAAAUAACAAAUUUCGAGCAUCAAUUAUUUAUAAAAUGUUGUACAUAAUAUUUGCGCACACGAUGUAUCGAAUAAACUAUAAAUUCAUCAAGCAAG